GGGCAUGCCGGGACUUGUAGUCCGACCGGGACUGGAGAGAUUGCCGCGGCCAUGAAGAGGGUCAGCGGCCUCCUGGGGGCCUCCGGGGAGGAGCCCUUGGGGCCCGAGGCUUUGGAGACGGAGGGCGAGCGGCAGUUGCGGAGCCUCCUGCGCCUCCAACUGGACCCCUCGGCCUCCCUGGAGAGGUGCCUCUCGCAGCGCUCCCGCUUUGCCCCAGCCGCCCUCUUUGAGCCUUCCUUUGGGGAGGAGGCUGCCGGGGCCCACAGCCUGAGCCACUUCCAGGUGCUGCAGCAGCGCAGCCGGGAGGAAGACGCCCUCCGGGACUUGGGCCUCUCUGAUGCUGAGCGGCGCCUCUGGAGGAGGAACCAGGACGGAGAGGAGCAGGAGGAGCAGAGCCCUGGUCUGGGGGCGGCCCCAGAAGCUCGUCAGGACCGGCUCCGUGUCAUCCAGGAGAAGAUUGCCGAGCGCCAGCGCAUCCUUGCCUUGCCCCAGCGCUUUGCAGGCAGCAAGCCUCUCAGCCGCCGGGAGAUGGAAAUUGAGCGCUCCCUCUUCCAGGGCACCGACCGGCACACCUUCCUCCGGGGACUCUACCACCAAGGUGAGGCUGCGCAGAAGGAUUCCUCUGUGACGGAAGGUCCCGCAGCUCGCCUGGAGACGCUCUACCGGGAGGUUCUGGCCCCAGCGACUCCGAGGGAGCCCCUCCCGCCCUCCCCCACACAGGACCCAGGCCCAGCCCCACUUCCAGAACCGGUGACCCUGGUCACACGCCCGGUGACGUUCAUCCCGGAAGAGGAGAUCCACCAGAGCCGCCUCUCGGUGGAAGAGAUCCGCCAGAUCCCCCGGUUUGCGUCGUAUGACCCUGGAGAACCGAGCCAGGUGCUGUACCUGAAGAACCUCAGUCGGCAGGUGACGGUGGAGGACCUCAUGUCGAUCUUUGCCAGGUUCCAGGAGAAGGAGGGCCCCCAAAUCCGGUUCCGCCUCCUGAGCGGACGCAUGCGGGGCCAGGCCUUCCUCACAUUCCCAAGCGUCUCAGCGGCCCAGGCGGCCCUGCAGCUGGCCAAUGGGUACCACUUGCUGGGGAAACCCCUCGUCAUUGAGUUUGGGAAGAGUAAAGGGUGGCCGGAGCCCACACCGAGUCCUGGGACACCUGACCCACCCCUGAAGAGCAAAACAUGACCGGUCUGGAUGUGGCAGAGAGCAUUGGAGGGCACAGAAUGGACAGCACCAUUGUAUCCAGAGAUGGAGUUGUUUUCUCAAGAGGAGGACCCCAAAGUGGGGCAGCUCUCUUACUAGAUGUUGCUGUUCCCACUAACUCCAUUGUGGCAUUUUUAGAUGGGUCUCCUGUUCUUCUUGCUGAGGAGGGACAUGGUCUUGGGCCCAGUAGCUGCUUCACUCAGUUGCCGCUCUGCCUGAAGCAGCAAUGGCAAGGCAGCCAAGAACUGAACUGAUCCUUUCCUUUGCCUGGUUUGCUACUGGGAAAGAACGAAUCCCAUGCUGCGGUAGCUCCAUUGGCUGCUGGUCUGCUUUUGGGCUAAGUACAAUGUGCUGGUUGUUACCUUUAAAGCUCCUAAAGUCCUCAGGCCCAGGCUAUUUGGCAAACUGUAUCUCCCAAUACAAACUAGCUCAGACUCUGUAGUCAGCAGAGGAGACCCUGCUCUCAGUCUUGUCUCAAGCACGGCUGGUGGGAACGAGUGAAAGGGCCUUCUCCGUGGUUGCCCCCCCCCCCACCUCUGGAACUCCCUCCCUAAGGAACUAAAGAUGGCCCCUUCCCUCCUCGCCUUUAAGAAACAGCUGAAGAUAUACUUCUGUUCACCGGCCAACGAGGAGGAGGAGGAGGAAUAGAUAAUGACACUGCUAUUAUACCUCUGAGUAACAUCUGCAAUCCGUACUUGGGUCUUUUCUGCCUUGCUAGCUCAGUUGACAUCUUGAGCAAUGAUUAAUUUAUAUGCCCCCAAGGAACUCUGUUGACUCUGGGAAAUUGACACUUCUGUUUUUACAUUUACAUUUUACAUUUCUGUUUUUAUGCUUGUUUUAUGUCCAAUAUAAUAGGUUGUGUUUAAAUUUUAUUCUAAUUUGCUAAGUUAUAAUUUGUUUUUAUAUGCUGUGGAGUUUAAUUUUCGUUAUUGUGUGUCAAAGGCAUUGAAUGUUUGCCUUUUUUGUGUGAUUAGAAUCCACCCAGAAUCCCUUCAGGGAGAUAGGGCGGAAUAUAAAUAAAGAUUAUUAUUAUUAUUAUUAUUAUUAUUAUUAUUAUUAUUAUUGGGAGGAGGGAGCUCAUAGAAUUUGAAGAACCUAGCUCACCCAUAAGCCGGAGCCCCUGGUGGCACAGUGGGUUAAACCCCUGUGCCGGCAGGACUGAAGACCCACAGGUUUGAAUUUGGGGAGAGCGCGGAUGAGCUCCCUCUGUCAGCUCCAGUUCCUCAUGAGGGGACAUGAGAGAAGCCUCCCACAAGGAUGGUAAAAGAUCAAAACAUCCUGCCGUCCCCUGGGCAACGUCCUUGCAGACGGCCAAGUCUCACACCAGAAACGACUUGCAGUUUCUCAAGUCGCUCCUGGCACGACAAAAAUAAAACAAAACCCAUAAGCCCAUUGAAAGGGGUGCUGAGUAAACGUGGGAGGGCUCAAGGCCAAUUUUGGGGCGCUGGAAUCCUCCUUGGGCCACAUUGUGCCCAAAAUGCAAAAUAACACUGGCAGCUUAAGAAAGUCGGAACACUCCCACCAUGCUGUUUUUCCUCAGGUGAAAGGCCAUGACAGUAUGGGGCUCUGGGGAGGGGGGCAUUCUUCCCUCUUGUCCCUCUCUGUCUGUCCUUAAGUAAUUAAACCACAUUGUCAUUCUUUUGACAAGCUA